UGUGCUCUAGUUUUAGAUAAGUUGAAUGUCAUGCCUUGGAACUAAGUGGUGCUUAUUAAACAAAGCUUGAGUGUGUGUAUGACUCCGAAUCAGCAUCAUUUCAACUUCCAUUUUUUCAUUUCAAUCUCGCCAAUCUGAAUGCGAUUAUUAUUUGCUUAUUAUUGGUGGGUGGAGGAGGGAAAUAAUGUAAUUACUGGCGUCCGCCGAGUUCAAUUUCAAUUUCAAGACGUACACACAUUUUAUGCUCCCCUUUUUCAUGCUAUCCUUUAAACGGUAUGCAGAUAUUUAGGUAGGUAGACAUGCAUACGUACAUAUACUUAAUGUAACCGUUUAGAAUUCUAAUCGAGUUAGUGCUUAUGCGCGUGGGAUUAUUUUUCUAUAACUGAAAGUGUUUUGCAGAUAGGACAGUAUUAUUUACGAUUGACGAAGUAUGUACGUACGCAGUGGGGAGUUUAGUAUGAAAUUAACUCUCGGGUAGAGCAGCAAAUAUCAAUUUGUUUUUUUAUUCGGUACGGUUGGUUAGUAAAGUUUAAGGAUUUUUUAUUAGGGGAAGGUUAGGAAUAUUUAGUGACUAAAUAAGUAAGUAACUUUACUGUUGAUCUUGGGAGAAAGUAAAUAUAUACGAAAAAGUGUUGAUAAACAAAGCAUCUGCAGUUUAGAGUGACGUGAAAAACCACAAAUUACAAAGUCUACGGAACGAAACAAAUAAAUUUUGUUGCAGACAUACAUACCACCCGCAAAUAAAUUUCCGCGAAAAAGAACCCUUGUUUACACAAUGCGCCCAUUUAGUAGUACUCGUGCGGUUUCUCCUUUACUAAUGUUUAGAACCGUGUUGUUGUUUUAGUUUUGAGGUUAAAACUCGGAAAGUGAAGAAGAUAUGAUGAGGAGAAAAUCAAUUUUUGGGUUUGCACCCCAACGUCAAAACAAUUUGGUCGCGGUGUUGUCAUCGCUGGUGGUGUUUUUGAGCCUAAUUCAGAGCAACAAUGUGGUGCAGGGACAAGCCUUAAUAAAUCAAUUGGCCGCCUUGUUCCGGUCGAGAUCACCGUGGCCGACGACGUUUCCUUCUGGGACGACGACGGGAACGGGAGGAGAAAGUGGUGGUACUUUGACUGAACCGGGCUCAUUCAGUGAUAUGAUUACGAGUCAGAUAGGCAAGGAUCUCAGGCUGGAAGACUUUUCUCAUUUCAACGACCUCCUCACGGGACAAUCGAUCAAUCAAUUGAAUUUGGGCGAGCAGGACCUUGGUGUUUCAGGUGGUAAUACGAACAGUAAUGCGGGUGAAAGUGGUAGCGAUGGGUUUUCCAGUCUGCAACUCCCCAUUCUCGCCACGAGCCAUCCACUUCCUCAACUCGAGAUGCAGCACGGGAAUGGAAAAUCCGUUUUAAUCGCACAUCCCGUCCUGGGACCAAAUCCGAACGAACCCCCGGAGAAAGUUGAGCAUAAGUUUAACGGGAUGGUGAUGACGAAUCCGUUGAGUAGUCAGAUUAAUAAAAAUGCGGGUUUGUACAAUAAUAAUGGGAAUAAUCACCAACAACAAGACGGUCACAAUCAGCAGGCGCCACGACCUUCCGCCGUGCGAUAUCCGAAUAAUAAUGAACGGUUGAAAAAUAGUUUUCAAAAUUUCGCUCAAAAAUUAUUCUACCCGAAUAAGAAUAAUAAUAUAGCCAAUAAGCAGCCUCACUAUCAAAAAGUGAUGAUCCCAAUGAUCGGGAAACCACCAGUUGGUGGGAAAAUAAUUGCAAUUCCGGUCCCCGUACCGUCAAAUUCACCGUUGUUGAAAAACUUUCAUGGCGGCGGAGGUGGAGGGAGACGUCCCACGCCGCAAAUUAUUGCGGUGCGACAACCAUUUCCCCCGAUUACAUCAGUGCCCAGUCAACCUUACCAGCAGCAAGAGCAACAUGUCACCAGCUUUCUGGGGAAAUUCAGCCCAUCGCCGCUUGACAUGUCGACGUCCUAUGCACAAGCGACCAAUUUUAGUUUUACGGAAAGAGAAAGUAGUGGGAACGGUACGACGGCAGCUUUUUCUCCGCCGACGACGCUGGCAAUGUCGUCAUCUGUCGCGGCGACGACGCCAUCCCCUCCGAUUUAUCAGAGUCAUCGGUAUGUCGGGGAACAAAUUAGCAGUGGGAGCAGUCAUGAAUAUUCUAGCACGACCCUGGUGACGACGCCAGCGCCCACGACGACAAUCACAACAACGACGCCAAUCACGACGACGACAACGUCUCGACCCCCGUACAAAAAUAUCCAGGAUGUCAUUCUGAACAGUUCUCAGCAACAAAACAGCUUACACAGCUCACCUUCCACACUUGUUGGUUCGUUCCGUUACCCGGACCCUCCCACGCCACCGAAAAUGCUGAAUAUGAAUACGCGCUACGAAUUGAAACAGAGUGAGAGUGAAGACACUCAGAAGUCCCAGUGGAUCCCACAACCUUCACUUUCUCAGAAAAAGGCUGCUUAUUUCAGUGCAGAGAAAAAUGUGAACAAUAAUAAUAACGCUAAUGGAUUUCUGCUAUCCUCCUCCGCUCCAAUCUCGUUGACGCCCAGGGGUUCUCGGUCUAAAUGGAGACAUGACGACGACAAUUCAAAUUCUGCAUCUGUCCCGGCUUUCAGCAAGUUUAAUGGACACAAUUCUGGAGAUUCGGGUUUUAAACCGUCUCUGCAACUUCAUUCUUUUGAGGAUACGACGUCAGGGCUCCGAGAAUUUAUCACAAUAAACCCGCUUUCCAAUCGCAACUCGAAAUCUUUGUUCCCGACGACAACCUCUCGGAGUACCGGGUCAAACGAGAAUGUCGACUUGCCCGCAAUGGAAUCUGGCUUCCGACCUUUUAACCACUUCGCAUUUUCCAAUGGGAUCUCCAGCGCGUCCGUCUCGUCAACAACGGAGUCCUCCAUGAUGAACAUGCUAAGAAACGAGUUCACAAAGGACAUUGUGACCGCGAACGUCUGGAGUGAUAUGGACCCCACGAAAUCAUCAAAACCGUAUUCUUCUUCUCCCGGAAUCCGACAAAACCGACAGUUUUUCUCCAAUUCGGGAUACGCCAAUACAAAGCCAUUUUACGCUCCGGCCCCCGCCAGCACCAGCAUCACGGUCGGAGCGAGCUAUUCAAAUGGAGGUGGAGGAUACAACUACAACAGAAAUGACAUGCAUAAACCCACCCAAACUGGGAGCGAUUGGGUGGGAAGAUUCGGGUCAAAUUUUCAAUUUCCUCCUUUCACCACUGAACCAAGUCAUUAUUCUGGCGAUCAUCACGCGGCGAGUACGACGGCAGCGAGUUCGAGCCUCGUUUCGGAGUGGUUGGUGCCCACGACGAAGAGGAAAAAGGAAAAUAAAGAUCAUCAUAAAGAUGCCAGUGGUAAAUCAGAAGCGAACUCGUUCUCAAUUUCUGCAUCCUCUUCUUCUUCCCUGGAAAGAUUUAAGAGCCCACCGGACUGCGAAAAAUUCCAUCGGUUUGGAUUCUGCCCGGUUACGUCGUACUACCCACUGGGCAAGGUUGAAGCCGUAGGUGCGAGAUGUUCGACCUUGUUAUCUCACUUGAUCGCCCCUCUGCCGAAAACGGAUGUACGCUAUGACGUAAUUGUGACGAAGAACUCGACCUCAAGUAGUUCUUCGAAGGGAAAAGGCUCCUCCUCGUCUGCGAAAAAUACGGCGGGGUGGAGUUGGAAGACAUUUUCUGGGAAGCCUGUUUGUGACACGAAAGAAGUAAAAAUUGUGCCCGGCUGGGCAAAAAAUGAACAAGGACAAUGGCUCAUCAUUCUUCAGACACAAGAGUGGAAACAGGAAGCGCAAAUCAGCCUUUGUGCCCAUAAUUCCCACCCGAGUAGGGAUGACGAUAUGAAAUGCGUGCAGAGAUUCACAGCCCAAAGACUCGUCGUUUUAGACCCGCAAAAUGAGGAGCGUUGUCCCGUCGUCCGAUCUGUAUUUUUGCCAUCUGCCUGCGUCUGCUUAAACGAUGAGGAAAAGCAUGGCAAGCAGAAAAAAUCCAAGAAUCGUCACCAUAAGAAAAGCAGUCACAACUCGACGACAAAGUCUGGCGGAGAUAAAAGUUCGACUUCUUCUCUCUCGAAUUCGAAAACAAUUUCUGGCCGAUCCCUGCUGACAUCACUCUUUGGCCUGGAUCUUGAUCCCGCUUCGUCAGAAGUCGUCCCCGUCCCCCCAACCUCAUCAUCUAUCGAGGCUUCCCAAGAAGAUUCGCGUUCUGAUAAUGCAAAAUCAGAGGAAGAAGAAGAAGCCAAAAAUCCUUUAACUCCGUCUAAUUCUCCUUUUAUGGUUAUUGCGAAUGAAGGAGAAAGUGAGACUUGGGCCGAAUCUGGGGAAGAGUUGAGAUCGAGUAGUCCCAAUAAAAGGUCUGUUCUCGGGUCUUCCUUCAUCCUCUCGUCGAGAAACAGUAGCAGAAUUAACGGGACAAUAAGACCAGAUUCAGAUUCAUCCUCACAACGAAACGGCAAUUGAUAUUGGAUGAAUAGAGCAAUUUUAUAAAACCGACAAUCAGUAUUUAUUUUUAUAGCUUAGUUUUUUAUUUAUUUUAUUCUCGCUAAUAAUAAAUAUCGGGUAUGUAUGAAAAUGUGUUAUAUUUUGUAUUUUCCUGCAAUAAAUAAAGCUCGAAGAUAAGGAUUCAAGCAAAAAUGGGACGUACACGGUUA